AUGGAUUUUUCGAGAAAGUUCAUCUUAGAAUCACAUUCAAAUCCACACAACAAAGGUGUUUGGGCAACAAGAUUUGAAGAAAUACCAUCAAUACCCCGUGAACGACCAACAAGAAAGUUUGCAAGUGGUAUUAUUUUUUGGGGUGGCAUCUCGUAUGAAGGAUUAGUUCCCAAAAACGGUCCAAUUGAUGUCAUAUCAUGGUUGAAAAAGCAACCAACAGAUAAAAAGAAAAGAACUUAUAUGAAUGGUCAUUUAUAUGCUAAAUUUAUUAAAGAAGUUGCUCAUCCAGAAACUCAGAAGGUAUGUGGAAGAGAUUUUAUAUUUCAAGAUGAUACUGACUCAAAGCAACGAACCAAAAUUGUAUUACGAACUGUUGAUAAAUUAUUUAAUGAUUGA